AUGACGACUAACUUGCCAUUUGAUGAAAUCAAUGCUCGACUCAAUAUAGCCAAUCAGCAAGAUGAAAACAUUAGAAUAACUCAUACGAUUAGUUCAACUGUGGAAUUUCUCGAUGUACUAGUCGAAAAUAAUCAAGGUCAAUUGAGAACUUCAGUAUUUCAUAAACCAGCAGCUGAACCAUAUAUUCUACCAUUUUUGUCGGAUCAUCCACGUCAUAUUCAUCGUAGUACUGUCAAAUCACAACUCAUUCGAGCGGCACGUCUCUGUUCCCAUGUCGACGAUUUUGACAAAGAGCGACUAAAUAUUGAAUUUACUCUUUUAUUGAAUGACUAUCCACCAAGAUUUAUUUCCUAUCACUUUAAACAAUUUUUCAAAAACAAUAAUGCUUCGUCUUUAAUGGAACAGUUGGAUGAAGCUAUGUAUGGAAAAUUACAUAGGCAACUAUUACUCCAACCAACACGUCGAGAAAAACAACAACAACAACCACUACAAGAGAUCAUGGCUAUAAAUCGUAAUCAGCAGCAAAAUUCCAAUCAUAAUGAGAUUUUUGUUCAUUUCACUUUUGAAAGUGGUCCAAUGUUAAAUUUCAAGCGAGAAUUAAAGAGUCUAUGGGAAAAACACUAUAUCGAUAACAGUCCAAUAAAGCACAAUAUUCAAUUGAAAAUUGGCACAAGAAGCAAUAAAAAUCUAACCCAAUUAUUAGUCAAGAAGAAGCCACCAAAAGCAAUGUUAAUGAAUGUGGUACCAUAA